AUGGAGGUAGUCAAUGGGACUAGAAUUCGGGAAUUCGUUUUGCUGGGAUUUGAACUCGGGCAGCGGAAGUGUUUCCUACUCCUCAUCUUCUUCAGCAUUCUCUAUGUGUUGACACUGGCUGAGAACAUCACCAUCAUCACACUGGUGGUUCUAGACACCCACUUGUCCCGGCUUCCCAUGUACAUCCUGCUGAGCAACUUCUCCUGGCUGGAGAUCUGUUAUGUGAGCACCACUAUGCCCCGGAUGCUCUUUGACCUGGCCUCAUCCCACAAGACCAUCUCCUUCAGUUCCUGCUUCCUCCAAUUUUACAUCUUCUUCUCUCUGGGCACAACAGAAUGCUUCUUCCUCUCAUCCAUGGCCUUGGACCGGUACUUGGCCAUCUGUCACCCACUGCGCUAUCCACAAAUUAUGUCUCCAAAUUCUUGUUAUGUUUUGGUAACGUCUUGUUGGCUCCUUGGAUUCCUGGUGUAUGUCAUCCCAGUGACUUUGAUUUCCAGUAUGACUUUCUGUGGUCCCAAUGUUAUCGACCAUUUUUUGUGUGAUCCUGGGCCAAUUCUGUCAUUGGCUUGCCCUCCACUAGCAAAUGCUCCUAUUAUCCUUCAGACCGCCAUGAAUGUUGUCGUUUGUCUAGGCAAUAUGUUCUUUGUUGUGCUCUCCUACGGGGCCGUGAUUCUAACCCUGAUGAAAACCUCUCGCCAAGGCAACCGGACAAAGUCCUUCUCCACCAUAUCUUUCCACUUAGUGGUGGUGGCGCUUUUCUAUGGCCCCGUGGCAGGGUCUUAUGUAGUCCCGGUUGGAGAAGGCGAGAUGAAGGUCAUUAAGGUCAUAACACUCUUCUACACUGCCGUGACACCCUUUCUCAACCCCAUUAUCUAUUGUCUGAGAAAUGAUCAGGUGAAGGAGGCACUAGGCAGGUUGUGGAAGAGAAAGACAAUAUUUCUGAUGAGGAGAGUGACUGUGUAG